GCCCCGACUGGCUGAACGACAUCCUCCGUAUGCGAUUCCCUGAUUCGUCGGGCGCAUAUACCGGGCCGUCGCAGGUGGCGCCUGCAGACAUCAUCGCGCUGGAUCUCGACGAAGCAGUGCUCAGGUGGCCCAUUAGGCUGCUCGAGCAACAGGGGCCAGAGGAGGAGCCGCGCUUCAGGGCGAUGCGCGUGCGCAUCCUCCAGGGAAGUCUCGCGCAGUUCGACAGCAGACUGCGAGGCCUCGACGCCAUCGUGGCAGCCGAGGUCAUCGAGCACCUCGACGAAGCAACACUGGAGGCGUUCGGUCGCGUCGUCCUGGGUAGAUACCGUCCCAAUAAGCUGCUCGUGACGACGCCCAACUACGCAUUCAACUGCAAUUUCCCCGGUGCCGAUACACGACAGGGCUUUUACAAGGAUGUCACGGGUAGGACUGACCGCUGGUUCCGCCACGAUGACCAUCGCUUCGAGUUCACGCCGAGCGAAUUCAGUGCGUGGUGCGAUGCGCUGGCUGCGAGGGAGGGAUACGAUGUCGAAGUGGGCGGCAUAGGC